GGCCGUUGGUGGCGGCUGAGCGGGAGGCGGACGCGGCGGUGGCGGCGGCCGGGCUGUCGGGUUCGCUGCCCCCCCGGGCCGGCGGGCGUCGGAGCCCCGGCGGAGACUCGGGCUGGGCCCCCGGCCCCCGCGCCUGGCCCCGCGGCCCCCGCCCCAUGGCCGAGCCCCCCUCGAGCGCGGGGGCUCGGGGGGAGCCGUCGGCGGUGCGGGGCCGCAGCGUGCCCCAGGCGGCCCUGGCCGUGCGACCCCUGGCGCUGCCCCCGCCGCCCCCCGCCCCCGCCCCCGCCGCGCCCGGCCCCGACGGCGCGCCCCCGCCGCCCAAGGACAACCCCUGGGCCCGCAAGCCGCCCGCGCCCCGGCCCGACACCCCGCCCGACGGCGACGGCGACGAUGCAGAUCUCGGGUCCCCCCAAAGUGUAAAAGCUGGAAAAUUCAAGACAAAGAAAUCCAACAAGGCCAGUGACUUCAGCGACAUGGCGAACUGGCCGACCCCCAGUGAGCUGGUGAACACAGGCGGUCUAGGCGCCGGCCAAGGGAGCAAGAAGCCCGCGGGCAGGAAGGACAAGGACGACAAGCCGGAGAAGAAAAGCAGCGGGGAGGGCCGGGACGGCGCCACAGACAACGCCAGCGAGGACGAGGCCCAGGCCAGCGGGCAGCGCAAGCGAGCCACAAAGCAGCGCUGGGUCCCGCUGCUGCUGCAGGGCCUCCCCCCCGACAGCCAGGAGCGGCCCGGCUCUCGUGGGAGCCUCAGAGGACAACCAGAGGCCCCCCGGCCCCCGCACCCCGGCCGGAGGGGCGAGCCCCGUGGCUGGCGGCGGGACCGGGAGCGGCGGGAGGACCAGGACGAGGUGUCCAGCGUGCGCAGCGAGGGGGGCACCGUGCGCGGGGGCUUCCGGGGCCGAGGCCGGGGGCGAGGCCGGGGGCGAGGCCGGGGCCGGGGAUGCCCGCGAGUGAGCUGGGACGCGCCCGGCCCCCGGGAGCAGGGGGAGCAGGCGCAGCGGCCCGAGGAGCCCGUGGGUGCGGGCGGCGGCGUGCUGUACUACUACGACGACGGGCGCGGCCUGCAGGUGUACCCCGUGGAGGAGGCGCUGCUCAAGGGCUACAUCCGCCGCCAGAUAGAGUACUACUUCAGCACGGAGAACCUGGAGCGCGACUUCUUCCUGCGGAGGAAGAUGGACCCUCACGGCUUCCUGCCCAUCUCGCUCAUCGCGGGCUUCCACCGCGUGCAGGCGCUCACCACCAACCUGGGCCUCAUCUUGGAGGCGCUGAAGGACAGCACGGAGGUGGAGAUCGUGGAGGAGAAGAUGAGGAGGAGGGUGGAGCCCGAGAAAUGGCCCAUCCCCGGGCCCCCCGUCCGCAGCGCCGGCCACCCCGACUUCUCCCAGCUCAUUGACUGCCCCGAGUUCGUGCCCGGCCAGGCCUUCCGCGCCCACUCAGUCAGGGUGAGGAUCUGCUGACACGCCCUGCCCUGCGUGGGCACUGGCUGGGGCCGCGCCAGCCCCGGAGCUACGAAGGAGCCCACGGACGUGCUCCCACCCGGCAGAGGCCGCCCGUGGGACGGACACGAGACAGACAGAUAGCCGGGCUGCCCCACGGACACGGAGAGCUGCGACUGGGGGCGCUGCUGGCCGCAGCGGGGAGCCCGUGCCCGGCCCUCGGCGCCCCGUGGCAGCCCGGCCACCACCACCACCACCACCCGCCGGGCGUUUGUCAGGUCGAAGCAAAGGGACAUAUUUUUAGAGAUUUAUUACAAGAGAGGAAAUGUAUGUGAUGUCUGAUAAUUUAAGUUAAUUUAUUGUAUAAACGGGACCCAGGGUGAAGUUCUGGAGCUGCCUGUGAGCAGGCACCGAGGACACAGCUGGCACGGCACCCGGUCUCUGCUGUUUGCAUUAUUAAUAAAAUUGCCAGGAAAAAGCA